AUGGACUCACUGCAUCCCUCACUCUCGCAAGCUCUACCUCUCAGGGACUACGAUGCCGAACAAGCUCUUCAGGCUCCUUUCAGGGCUGCCGCUCUCGGUAUCGCCACCUUCUACAAGAAAGCUUCCGAAAACGGUCGCAAAGCUUAUUCGUUAGGUUAUUCUUCUGCUCUUCAGGACGUUCUUGCUCAUCUACAGACUGCUCUAGAUCAACUCGAUUCACCAAAUUCUUCUCAAGAGUCGAUGGCAAUAACGAUUCAACGAGUAGUAGAUUACAUCCAAAGACGACAAGAAGCUUUACGAGCCGAAUCACAAGAACCAAAUGAAGAAGAGGCAGCCCAACCCUCUCCAGCCGGCGGAGGCCAAGGCCGGCGACAAUCGACUACGCCGCCCACCCACAGCACCCUUUCGCCGCCCUCCGAACAAGCACCAGCAGCCCCAGCGGCCCCGGACCGUUCUUCAUCCUCAUCAUCCAGUGUCCCAGCACCCCCAGAGCCCAAUGUGACGGUGGCCCAAACGACUCGACGCCGGACCUCGCCACGACGGAUGACACCGGCAAGCUUCCAGCCCUCCCAGGGCGCCCUCGGCUUCGGCUCCGUCCUUCGUCAACCCUCCUCCUCUCCCUCCUCUACCAACAAUCUCUCCCGACACCCUUUCAACCUCAACUUUAGCUCCUUCGCCGCUAGUCCUUUACCCCAACAUCACCAACUCUCUAGCUCGACUGGCCCGACAAAUACCUCGUCGACGACGACUACCACUUCCUCGCUCGGUCGGCGUCAUCGGAAUGGACUCAAUGAGAGCGGCCGGAAGGGCAAACUGAAGGAACGCAACACCACCGAACGAUCUUCUUCUGCCUCCUCUCUCGACCCUAUCGGCCUCUUCCCUCCGCACGGCUACUCCCACUACUCUUCCUCCCCUCCUAACACCAACACGACUUCCAACACCAACACCACCACAGCUUCGACUACUACUCAUCCUUCCUCCUCUGAUGACUCCAAAACAACUCUCACUUCUAUCGGCAAUAAUAAACGCAGGUUUCCCGUCGAUUCGCCUCUCGAUUCUUCGCCGCUUAUCGGCCCUCCUCAACCGGUUUGUCUCACUCCUAGAACUCCUAGUUGCAUUCUUCUGACUCUGACUCUUUUUCUAAAUCUGACCCCCUACUAAACUCCAUCGAUCUUUUUCGUAUUACUC